AUGACUCCAACUUGGAACUCUAUUCUAGUUACUCUGAUCGCUUUAUUUGCUGGCUUGCUUGCAUUUUAUCUCAACCGGUCCGAUGGUUUGCUAGCCCCAAAUAGUGAAGGCUCCGAACUUACUGUGGGUGGAAGACAAUUGACCUCUCCACCGACCGUGACCGACCCUGCCCGAGAUAUAAAGUAUCUUGGCAGCUAUUCUUUAGGAGUUGAGCAUUAUCAAAACAUUUUUAAUGCGGAGGCACCAUGGGGCAAGCGCCGCUUCGCACCGCCCAUUCCGGUCCAGUACGCGAGGGGAUCGGUUGUUGAUGCGACACUCCCUGGAGCUUGGUGCCCACAAGGGAUUGGAGAUGUGCUCCCUUUCACAAGUCGGGUUGUAAGCAUCAGUGAGGAUUGCUUGAGCUUGAGGGUUGCUUGA